ACGUUACGCACCACCUAAGCGGACUGUGUGCUAACGGGUCGGCAGCAGAAGUGCGCAGGUUUGAGCUAGGCGGACAGAAUCAGACGACAGACGACACGGAUCCGACAUGAAGGCUGUUCUGGGGUUGUUCCUUGUGGGCCUGGUGGCCCUGACACAGGCCAUGGUUCCCACAAACCGCUACAUGCGCUGCAGUUCCGACACGGACUGCAAGGCGUCGCAGUGUUGCUUGGACAUCGGCAUCAAUGAGCAUGUGUACGCGUGCAAGGAGAUCGGCACCCACGGAGCGCCAUGCGCACUGGAUGGGAACAGCAGGUAUUUCUGCCCCUGUGAGCUCGGGCUGACGUGCAGGCCACGUGACCCGGAGAAGUGGGAGUUCUUCAUCGCCCGCUACUACAUGAGCAAGGACGAGCUGGACAACCUCGGCCUGUGCAAGGAGUGAACGUCACUUCCGGUGGACUAACGUCACUUCCGGCCAGCCAUGUUCUCACACUGACGACCCCGGACUGCCCUAGUGGCACCCAAUAAGGGAUUACAAUUUAUCUAGACAACACUGAACACUGGUCACUUUUGAUUUGGACAGACUUUAAAAAUUAUGUAUACACACUUAUUCAAAACAUCACAAAUAAACUUUUUGGACGAAAGGUUUAUCACAAACAAACUUGUUUGGCGAAAUGUUUCAAACUCCUCAAAAAAGCAUGACCUACUAACUGGCAUAAAACUUUACUUUAUAUCAUAUUGGAUGCAUCUUAUCUAACCUUUUCCAGUUCAAAGUGACCAGUGUUCCAAGCAAACGCCUUGUCCUAAUUCCGUCUGAACUUUAUUCUGUUGACUGUUUGCUAACGUCUUAAAGGAAAUAUCCGUUUCCAUACACUAUCAUACAUGUAAGUGUUAAUAGAAACUCGAAAAGGACAUUGUACCGACGGUAAACUGGCGUCACAUCCGACUAGCAUAUGACUAGGACUGAAGAUUACUGACACAAGUUUCCGUCGACCGUUCUCUACCAGUCGCUAGUUAUCGAUUUUUCGAAGUUUCUUUGUUUCUAAACUUUAUCUCCAGUUUGAUUAAGAUUGGUUCUGUAUCAAACGUAAGAAAAUCCAAGUUAUUCCAUUUCUGUAGUUCUAAAAAACAUUAAACUUUCCUGAACUUAACUGAGAUUUCGUAAAUGCCUGGUCUGUUCUAUAACCUCUCUCUCCCAUUCAAUGCAAUUUUAUGCGCAUUCUUCUUCAUCAUCACAUGUUUUGCAACAAAACUGCUACGACUCCGAUCAAAAAAUUGCACUAAACUUAUGUACCAAAUUACACACAAAAAACUACUCUUCUGAAUGGAAUAAGACAAACGAAUUUUUAAAACUAAAGAUAAACUCCUUUCAAUGUUACCUCAUUGGCUCCCUUCUGACCAGUCAGGACAAGGCUUUGCUUUAUAGCUUCCUCUGAUUGGUCCAUUUUACCUUGUCAAAGGAUGGGACAUUUCAAUAAAGGUACAGUAGGAGUAGUGAAAGCAGCAGAA